GCCGGUGCUCGGCCGCAGAACUACAGAGAAAGGGCUCCCCUCAGGAGGCGGUGCCUCAAGUCCCGCCUCACCGACAAGACACGAUUGGCUGAUUUGUUACUGGAAAUUCAUUGGUUCGGAGGGCUGCCAAUCCUGAGUCUGAGCCCUCCUUUCCCCACCCCCGUAGGCUGAUAUGUUAAAGAGGCGGGACGCCGAGGGCCAAGGCUGCAAAAUGGCGGACGUUGACGAGAGCUUCUGGAGGCCUCCCCGCAGCUGUGAGGAUUACUGGGCCGAAUGGAAGCACUGCCGGACCAUCCGCAACUUCCUCCAUCAUUACUACAUCUACGGGGAGAUCCCAUCCUGUGACCAGUGGAAGAGAGACUACCGAAACUGUCAGCAGUGGGAGGAGAGUGGGAGUCCCGAAGCCAAGCAAUUCCUCUGCAGGAGCGAGCAAGCCCGGAUCCUGGCCAAGCAGAAGCACACCCCGGUGUGGACCAUGAGACAGAGCCCCCCCGGGGACUGGCACCUGCCUCUGCCUGGGGAGGGGAAAUCCAAGUGAGAGCCAUGUGACUGUGGAGACGGGCUGAAGUCAAGCAGCAGCUUAGCGCAAGGGGGACGGAAGCCAGCUCCCCAUCCUGCCGGCCCCCUCGCCUCAGUUAAGCUUGGCAGGGUGGGCCCCAAACCCCAGCACCUCCUUCAGCCGGCCACUUCCCCAGGAAAAGGGCAUCCAGAAUACCAGAGUGCCUGGCUCGGGGACGUCAGGGUGCUCCCCCCCUCACGUUUGUGAAAGGCAAGGACCUGGAGUCAUCCCGAAGGUGCCUCCCCUAAGAGCCCGUCUCCCCUUGCCACGGUGCCCUUCAGCCUGCCCAGAGCGGGGACACCCAACCGAGCCCUGCCUGCCCUGCCCACCAGCUCUGGCACCCUGGCACACGGGAGGCAAGACCGGAGUGCCUCGCUUUGCUGGCGCCCGCCCCCACCAGAAGCACACGGCGUGUGCCGGACGAGGACCCUCGCCAUCAGAGUUAGAAGAGAAAUGGAAACCCAUCCUCCCUCCCAUCUUCCUGCUUUACUGCUGCCCUCGGGCUGAAAAAUCAUUUGCUUUUGUAGAUGUGCGGCCAUGAUGGAAAAUAAACGGGCAGCCACCCAGACAGGCUCCAGACUUCCGUGGGUCUCCCGCCCUCCUGGGAAGGCCUUCCCCUGCCUCCACCCACAAUAGUGACAAGUCGUCCCACUCAUGUCCAGCAACGGGGCCCUAGGGGAGGAGGGAAGGUCCUGGAGCCCUGAUGUGGGCCCCGGCUCCUCUGGGCAGGUGCCAGGCCAGGUUCGGGAUCAGGACCAGUCCCGGGGUCAGGCAGGAUCCACCUUGACCACGCUGUGCCUUUUGAGAGUUUGGCCCAACUCUGAUCUGAAUCAGCUCAGACCAACUGGCCCAGAGUACAAGCAGCCAAUGUUGGCUCAAUGGCAAGCCCCCAGAAACCCCGCUUCUGCCGGGGCCAGGGGCCUGAGUGCCAGACUGGCUCACACCUGGUAAACCACAGGGAGGCAGCCCCACCCCCCACUCGCCAUCUCAAUCCUCAGGACCCCCCGGGGAAGGUGUUACAGUCAAGAGGCCUGAACUCACCCCAGGCCCAGAUUCUCCCCAAGUAACCCCGGACAGGGCAGCAGCUCGCUAAGGUUGGGGUCCUUAAAGCAAUUUUUCCAUUUAUUUUCUCCAUAAUAAAAACUCGUUCCGGUAGCUAAAA